AUCACACUUCGCUCGUGUGGGCACUUCUACUCUCCUCCUCCAAGCAACAAUGGCCCAGCCCACGCAGGACCUCUCAUUCAAGGUCUUGAACCUCCUCAGCCGCGAGCGCGGCGUCUACGGCCUCCGCAAUGGCGACCACGAGCGAUACCGCCACCACUGCUCGAACAAGCUUCACCGCCUGCGCCAGGUGACGGGCCUCACGUCGGGCAAGGGCAAGGUGUACAAGAAGCCUGCGCCGCUCACUCCCGAGUCGGUUACGGAUGUCCGUCACCUCCAGCUCAUCCUCUUCUCCGCCGAGCGCGCACUCGCGCACUCGCAUGAGCUCAAGGCACUGAUCGGCAAGCCGAACGCGCCGGCCUCGGCGCGCAAGGAACAGAUCUCGUGGCUCCGCCGCGCGCUCAAGUUCUCCACGUCGCUGUACGCCGCGGCGCAGCAUCUCGCCUCGGAGUCGCGCCUGUCGCAGCGAACCCUGGCCGAGAUCACCAUCUACCACCUGUCAGUGCGCGCCGAGCUCAACUUUGAGCGCGUGCAGUACGCCGAUGUGCUCGCCGACCUCGCUGCGCGCCGCCGCCUGCUCAACACGCUCGCGGACGCAGCCAAGGACUCGUACGACCAGGCCCUCGCCGCCGAGUUUAUCGACCUCUACGACCCGCUUAUCCGCUUCAGCGCGUACAAGCUCGGUCGCGCCGAGUCGCACGACAUUGAGGGUGUCGUGGCCGACAUUGACGCCGAUUUGAUGGAGGAGGCGCUGCCUGGCCUCGGCAAGCUCGUCGACAGCCUGCGUGCCGAGGUCGGCUCGGCUGAGAUUGAGGCCGGCCGCCGUACCCUCGACGCUGUCGAGUUUGCGGGCGACAAGGUCGAGCUCCGCAACGCCGAGAUCGUCCAGGCCAUGCUCCGUGUCCAGGAGGCGCUCGGCAAGCUCAAGGGCAAGUCGGACAGCGGAAAGGGCCGUGGAAUGAAGGGCUGGGACCGUGUUCUCGGUGUUCUUGGUGACGCCGAGGGCGUCGCGAGGCACUUGGUCGAGGACCAUGAGAAUUCGGCUUCGGCGUCGUUGCGCUCGACACGCACGGCCGAGUCGCUCUCGCUUGCGCACCAGUACAUCGUCUUCCUUUUGCUCUCCAACCGCAUUCGCCGCGACCUUCUCCUUGUCGACUCCCUGUCUGCCAGCCAGCCUUCGCUGUCUGCGGACCCGACCGUGUUCACCAUUCCCGGUGGGCGGGCAAAGGUCGAGGAGGCGAUCAAGUCUCUUGCGGCCAUCGUCAAGCUGUACGACACUGUGUUGCAGAGUCUCAACCAGCUCCGCAACCUCGCCAUCGUCGAGGAGAAGGAUGGUGUCCGUCGCGCUGCCGAGGGCGUCUCGUCCUACUUCAACGCCACAAAGGAGUACUACCUUGCCCGUCUCCACACGGUCCACCCCACGCCGUCGUACGCCUCGGCAGUCCAGCUGUUGUCGCUCGCCGGCGACAACGUUACUCAGGCUCGCGAGGCGCUGUUCAACUCUGACGUGCCUCUGCAGGAGGAGGUUGUCAAGCUCUCUCAGGCCGACAUUGACAGCCUUGACAAGCGUGUCCAGGCUCUCGACCUUGCUGCCAAGCGUGCGCUCUUUGCACACACGGUGACCAAGCCCGUCUUCUUUGACACGGCAUUCAACUACAUUGACCUGCCUAUGGAGGAUCUCCUCGAGCACGCUGGAAAGGGUCUGCCAAAGGUUGCUCCCAUCCAGGCACAGGCUGCUAUCGCAACGCCAGAGGUUGUCCAUGCGCCUGUUGCACGGCCGGCGGCCGUGGCGCGCGAGCGCACUCGGGAGGCGACGCCUCAACCUGUGGAGGCUACCGAGGCGCCCGAGCAGCAGCCGCAGGCUCAGCAGCAGCAGAAGGGAUGGCUGGGUGGAUGGUUUGGACGUGGCCAGUAAUAGUAUCUAUCAUUGCAUGCA